AUGGACCCCAGUCCCUUCCUUGAAUUUUGUGAGAAAUUUGAGAUCAAGCACGAAACGUCCUCCCCAUACAAUCCCAAGUCAGACGGCCUGGCAGAGGCCGGAGUCAAAGCUAUGAAGGCUUUGCUGUCCAAGCUGGACAGUAAGUUCAAUUCGGAAGAUUUCAAAAUCGCCCUCCUGUCGUGGCGUACUACUCCUCGAGCAGACGGUUUUAGCCCAUCCUAUGGCUUCUUCGGGCGCCACCUACGGACACUCUUGCCGGACGUUAGGGAUCGUCACAUUGAGGAACUCUUGCAAUCUUCAUUCCAUCAAUCUCGCUUGGCGACGGCCGAACGACAGGCUGUUAAUGCCGGCGGCGUUGCCCUGCCCCCUCUGGCCGUCGGCGACCGUGUCACUGUUCAGGAUCCAGUCUCUAAACGAUGGAUGCCGGGCUCUAACAUCCUCGGGCGCAUGGAUCAUGGCCGGUCAUACGUCCCCCAGUCACAACACGGGGCCGUUUUGAGACGAAAUCGUUGCUUUCUUCGUCUCGACUCAACUAUUUCUACGGAUUUGGUUGAAACAGGACCGGAACCAUCAGAUAUAUAA